AUGACGGCAGCGUCGUACUUGUCUGCUGUCCAACAAGCAGAAAGUUGCGCUCACACUCAUAACAAUUCCUCCGUGGCAUCUCUUUCGCUCUCCUCUUCCAUCACAGCUUCAUCCGAAGAUAUCUCUCUAAACGAGGAUGAUGAGGGGAACUGUCUCGCGUACCACUCUGCGCUUCCAACAUCUCAACAGGUUUUCACCACCGUUCACACGGAGUUUGGUCACUGCACAAACGAGGCCUAUCGUUGUGUCUCCAAGCAUGACUACACCAAACCUGCCCAGGAGCACAUCAUCGAGAAGGCCCCAUACUAUAUCCUUCUCACCACCUACAUAAGCUACCUCAUCAUAAUCUGUUUCGGUCAUAUGGGUGACUUCUUCGGAAAGCGUUUUGCGAAGUCUUAUUUCACCCACCUUAUGCCACAUAAUGGUUAUGCACCGUUGAGAUCAAAGUUUGAUUCUUUCUACAUCCGACGGCUCAAGCGUCGCAUGGAUGGCUGCUUUUCUCAGCCUGUCACAGGCGUUGCAGGCCGCACCAUUGUUAUCCUCGACCGUUACUCCACCGAUUAUAAUUAUACUCAGAUCUACACUGGUAGCAAGACACGCGCGUUGAACAUCUCAUCGUACAACUACCUCGGCUUCUCCCAGGGCCGCGGCUGCUGCUCAGAUGCAGUCGAGGAAUGCAUCCGCCGAUAUGGCGUCUCCACCUGCGGCACACGUCUUGAGAGCGGGAGCUCCGAGCUCCAUGUAUCUGCCGAAGCCCUUGUUGCGCGUUUCGUCGGCAUGGAAGAUGCGUUGAUUGGUUCUAUGGGAUUCGCCACCAACUCGACUUCCAUCCCUGCACUUGUAGGAAAGGGCUCCCUCGUUAUUUCCGACGAAUUGAACCACGCUAGUAUUCGCGUUGGUGUACGCCACAGUGGUGCCCAGGUCCGCAUGUUCAAGCAUAAUGAUAUGUCAAGUUUCGAGUCCCUCCUGCGUGAGGUGAUAAGCCAGGGCCAGCCCAAGACGCACCGUCCAUGGAAGAAAAUCUUGGUCAUCGUCGAGGGCUUGUACUCUAUGGAGGGCACGCUCGUGAACUUGCCUAGGAUUGUCGAGCUGAAGCAGAAGUACAAGUUCUACCUCUACGUUGAUGAGGCACACUCAAUCGGCGCGCUCGGUCCUCAUGGACGUGGUGUCACGGACUACUUCAACAUCCCUCCUCGUUCAAUUGAUAUCUUGAUGGGCACGUUUACCAAGUCCUUUGGUGCUGCUGGCGGUUACAUCGCAGGGCCGAAGGGUGUUAUCGAUGCUCUCCGGCUGCGUGGUCACUCGGGUCCGUAUGCAGAAGCCAUGGCGCCCCCCGUUCUCGCCCAGGUUGUUGCGUCGAUGGCCAGCAUCAUGGGCGUUGCUCCGGUAUCACAGUCUACCAAGACAGGUGCAGAAGAAUUCACAGGAAUGGCGCCUGCAAGCAUGCUGCCGACGUGGAUGAACCUUCCUCUGUCUCUCACAGACGGGUCUGAAGCUCGCAUGCGUAUCCGCCGUCUUGCCUUCAAUUGCCGAUAUCUGCACGCGGGCCUCAGGAAACUCGGCUUCAUCAUCUAUGGACAUCCCUCCAGCCCGAUUGUUCCCCUGCUCAUCUUCAACCCGGGCAAAUUAUUGAUGUUCGUGCGUAUGAUGCAUUCGCGGAGCACACCGAUUGUUGUCGUUGUCGUCGCCUACCCCGCCACUUCGUUUGUGACGACCCGUGCGCGGUUCUGUCCCAGCGCUGCACACACAAAGAAGGAUAUUGAUAUGGUAUUGCGGGCGUGUGAUGAGAUUGGCGGAAUUCUUGACUUGAAACAUGGUGCUGGCGAGCGGUGGGGGAUUGAUGAGGUCUGCGAGCGCGCAGUGGAACUUGUGCACUCGAUGUGAUCGCCUGCAUUACUGUCUCGCCUGUUCUCUCCUCAGCCAUACUUUGACCCUGUUUGUUCUAUAUAGGCUAGCCUAAUACCGACAUUUUAGCAAGGAUAAUCACAAACAAUCGCCGAAAACGUUCGGUUUCAGUGAAACACCGCAUUGAUACCUGGCUGUCAAAGCGGUUUCUUGGGAGAAAACAACAGCAUGAUAUUUCACAGUAGCACAGAUAUCCUUCAGCAAUGCACGAUGCUAGAGUACUAAUGAGCGCUGACUUCAG